CACUGUGCCUUGAAGAAGAGAAGCUGAGCGCGUGCGUGGGUGUGUCAGGUUAGCUUGUCAUUGUAUGCCGAGUAGCGCGUGGUAAUCACCCGGACCGAAUGGUGAUACUUGUUAAUGUGAAGUGGUGACCCUCUCGAGCCCAAAAUGGACCCUGAAAACAACCGUGAGGUUUCCGACAUGCCGGCGAGUCCGCAACAGGAGGAAGUGGCGGUGACGCAGCCAGCAGCUGCUGAAGGAGAUGGAGAGGAAAAGCAGCAGCCCGCGGGGAACGGCGCUGGUGACGCGGUCGGAAGCAACACCGCCCCUGUCCAAGAUGACUCGCCUCUUGAAAGCCCUGAAGCUAAGCCACCGGUGCCUGUUGCUGUGCCAGAAGAGCCACAUCCCAUGUCUGAUCCGGUUCCAGAAGCUGAAAUAAUGCUGCCGCCAACCCAGGAAGAUGCCGCGCCGCAGCAACCAGAAGAAUUGCCGCCUUGCAGCCCAGAGAAGGUUCAAGAGAAAGUUCUUGAUGAAGUAGAGGCUGUAGUUGAGGCACAAGAAGUUGUCAAGGAGGCUCAGGCACAAAAUGAUGGCGAGAAAAUCGAAGCGUCCACGGAGAAGCCAGCUGAAACCUCCAUGCAGGAGAAGGCGUUGAAAAAGGCUGAAGCUGAAAUGGCGCCCCCUGCAGAACCAAAGAAGGAAAGCGAGCCGGAUACAAGUGCCAAGUCAGCAGUUCCACCAGGAGCCGAGGCAAGUGACCCAGCACCUGAAAAGGAGCCGACCCUUCCCUCUGCCGGCUCCUUGUCGUUCCCCAUCCUUAAACACGAGAAGACCAAAGAUGCUCUGUGCCGCUCUCGCACCCUGGUGGUCAUCAAAGGCCUUCCGGGAAGCGGGAAGACCUUCUUAUCUCGUGCGUUGGCCGACGCCUACAAGGACCAUUGCUCGGUCUUCUGCGCCGACGACUACGCGGAUAGCGCCGACCCCGCCAUGGACGCGCACAAAGCCCUGGACGAGGCGGUGGUGGCCUGCUGCGCCGACGCCCCUACGGUGCUGGUGGUUGUGGACGACACUAACCACACCCAUGAGCGGCUUGCCCGCCUGGGCGAGUUGGCCCGGGAGCAACGGAUGGUCGUGGUCUUCCUCACGCCGCGCACGGAAUGGAACGCGGACACGGCGCGCCUCGCCAAGCUGAGCGGACGCAAGCCGGCUGCCAUCACUGCCAUGAAGCGGCAACUGGAUGAGGUGUGCCUGCCGCUCUUCUUCGGCUGGUUCUUGCUGACACCUGCGCAGGAUCAGCUCAGAUCCACAGGCAGCGACUUCCUGACGGCCCUGGAUGGCUUCAAGAAGAAUGCUGUUGGCUCGUCGGUGAAUGAAGGGCAGGAAAUUCCUCUGGAGCAGUACUUCAAAGGCAAAAGAAGCCUCCACUGCACCACCAAAUUCUGUGACUAUGGAAAGGCAGAGGGAGCCAAAGAAUAUGCAGAGAAACCAGAGGUGUCAGAAUUGUACGGCUCUGUCUUCGAUCUGGCCGUGAGCGCCCUUUUUGUCACGCCUCGCACCUUCGGCGCCCGCGUCAGCCUCACCGACGAGCAGCUGGUGCUGUGGCCGGCUGACGCCGAAAAGGAGGCGGAGUCUUCCGUCCCCGGCGCCGGCUCUUUGCCGUUGGGCAGCCGCGCCCACAUCACCCUGGGCUGCGCGGACGGCGUGGAGCCAGUCCAGACGGGUCUGGACCUCCUGGAGAUCCUGGUGUUACCGGAGGUGGAACCUGUCACCGACUUGGAGCUGGGCUCGCUGCGCUUUUACGGAGAAGGGAGGUGGAUGCUGGAGCUCAAAGAGCCCAUGUGCGCCGCCGCGUGCUUCUCCAGCUUCUACAAGCGCAGGGGCCCAUCCCAUGAGAAGGGCAAAAGGGAUCCCAAGAAGAAGAAAAACUGCGCCAUCUUGUGAAGACAUGAUGGGGGGCCUUGCGUGGGAUGGGAUGGUUGAUUAAUUCUAAAAUAGGAGUUUAAGGGCUUUUGAAUGUAGCUAGCCGGAAUCUUUGUGUGCCUUUUUUUUCCCAUCCCCCACCCCUUUCACACGACCCAAAAAGCCUUCAGCAAGUUCACAUAGCUCAGUAUGGCAUCAAUCUAGUUCACUCAAGCUGCUCACACAUCGGUGACAAACUUUUGGGGCCUUUCUUUAGACUAGCAUCCUAGCUCAUCUGUGUGAGAGUGGAAAUCAUGUACUCGGCGUGCAUCCCAAUCCCAGACUUACAUUGUGGUACACCAUUUCGAGUUGCUUUAAAGCUACUUUGUCGUCUUAGUCAAAUGGACUAGCUAGUCAUUGAAAAAGUGAUUGUAAUACUAGCAAGUAGGCCAAAGCUGUGCAUUUAAAUGUUAGGGUGACGUGUGCGCUAGAGAUGCUUGCUUACGCGUUUGCACUAUGCAUUGUUUUGAAAGGGAGACCUAAGAAUUUGGCAUUUCUUCCCCUCCAGCUGCUUGCACUUAAAAAAAAAAAAAAAACCGCUGUGAAUCCAAAUCUUUGUCGCUCUUUUUAGCCAGUUUGAACAACAAAUUUACAUUUCAAUGUAACCUUUUGGGGUUUGGAAGUCCAACUUUGUGCAGCUCUAAUGAAACCCUAUUUUUGCACUUGUUUUGUACACUUAAUAAAGAAGAUCGUGUGUUGCUCCAGCAA